UCUCCCCUCACUUGCGCACUUUGCCACCAGUCAGGUUUGUGUGGUCGUGUUGCUGUUGUUCAGCAGCUGAGAAGGAGACUAGAUCAGAUCAUCAAAGCCUCUGUGAAGCAGAAAUAUAAGGUAAGCUUUUAAAGGGUUAUUUUGUUACAGGAGUGAAAUCCACUGAUAUACAGUGAUGAAUUUAUAAUUUUAGAUUUUAUCUAGUGCUGUAUUAUAUCUGUUAUUAGAAAUUGGGAAAAAAUCUGCUGUCUGAAACUUCUUUCAUAUAGAAGAUGUGUUUAAACUUUCAAUUUGUUACUUUUGACCUAUUUAUUAAUGAGUCUACUUUCGGCUGUUAUUACUAAAAGAUUUCAAGUCGUGAAUUUCGUUAUUCUACUUAUGCCAGAAGCGCUUGUGAUAUUUUGAAACAAUGUGGCAGGUUGCAACAGUGACUCAAGGGGUUAUUACCACAUCAAAUUUCCGUGUGCAUGUCACCAAUGAUGUGGCCAAAAUGGAUGGCUAAAUGUUUUCUUUAUUACUGAUAUUAUCAUAAAUGAAGUCUCAAGUACGCACCACUGCUGCUGCACUCAUUUUUGUGAAGACGACUGGUUCUUCAGAGUCAAAACAGAGCACUCUGUCAGUCAAGAUUUUCACCACAAGAGAUGACAGCCUGAGGUGGUGUAAUAUCCACAGUACGUGCUCCCGCAUGGCUCAUAGUUGAAUUGAGAAAUAUUGUCCUUCAACUGAAUAAGGGGUUGUGUGGAAAGUAAUUGACUUUCACUUCUGCUACCCAUAUAUUUUUUCCAUACUUUUCAUAAGGUGGUGUCACAUUUGUGAUGGAAAAACAGAAAUAAUGAUCACUGGGAACAGAGAAGCGGAAAAACAAUAGAAUGAAGAGCAUAGUGAGCUGAUUAAAUGAAAAUAUUCCCUAUUACAUAAGCCUAUGGCUUUCCAUAAAGCAUGUGGAAGUAUUUUUAUUUACUUUCUCAGCUGCUCUGAAAAUACAUUUCUUUAUGAUCAUUUUAGAUUUCUUAUAGUCUGUAUAUUUCAUGUGUUUUGGCCAUGUCGUUGCCAGUAAAAGAAACAUUUCUCAUGUUAAAAGUACUCUGUGCACAUAAUUACAGGUAACCACUCCGGUUUAUCACAGCAUUAUUUACUUUAAUCUAAUCCUCUCACAUCAGCUUCCCACAUUUAGUUUAAUCUAUUGAUGCACUCUACAGGAGCAUUGUUCAACUCACUGUUGACCUUCACCCACCCACUAUUAAAAUACAAUCCCCUACAGUUCCAAAAGGGGGCGGUGUAUAUCCUGUUUAAUAUGAUAAGAAGACAACAUGAAUUUCCUGUUGAGUUCAUCUGUGGUAAACAAAUCAACGAAAUCACAACCGAAGUCGUCUGGAAAACUAAAUCUCAUAUUAAGUUUGUAUACCGGCUGAGAUCUUAAUGUGAUAAUUACAAAUUGCUGAUGGCACUACAGAAAGUUUAGGACAUUCUUGUGACAAAAAUAGCAAUAUUUUUUACACAGUGCAGACUAUAACUCUAAAUGCUUUGACAGUUAAGGGAUGUCUUUAUUUAAACAUGCAUGACAUACACAUGAAAGCACUAAGUUUUAGAAUAUAGUUUAACUAUAAGUGAAUCACAGUGAUCAAAGUGUUUGCACUCAUUCUUUCUGCUCUUUGAAUAUAUAAACUAAAUUCCUUCUUUGAGUCAGAAGGGGUUUAUGGUUUAAAUCAUGAUCCACCAGGUGACUAUCUCUCCUUAUCUUCAUCUGCUGAUAGUGUAAUGAUCAUUGUCUGUUUGUGCUGAUCCCUAUCUGACUUUCUGUCUUGACUCACAAAUGUUAAUGUUCUGUUUAAGCUUCAGGAUCAAUAUUGACAAAGAGAGAAAAGUCAUCACAUUUUCUACUUUACUUGUUUUUCCACAGGAAGUUGGCUGCCUCUUUCACUUAAUGUGAAAAGCAUCAAGGUGAAGCAUCAAUCCAGAGAGUGACUGCUGAAAUGGAGGAAUGGGUGAUUCCCACUUCUUUAGAGCCUGGAGAAGUCAAAGCGAACGCCUCAUCACCAAUCGUUAACAAGUCUUGCGAGAAUCUGGAAUGCUUCAUGGUCCUCGUUGAAGCAGAGAAGACGGCCAUCGGCUCCAUCUGUUUCCUGGCAGGUCCUGUCACACUGCUGGAAAACGCUCUUGUGCUGGGGGUGAUCGCUGCCACAGCCACAUUACGACAGCGCCCCUCCUAUCUGUUCAUUGGCAGCCUUGCUCUGGCUGAUGUCUUCGCCAGCUGCUUCUUCACCACCAGCUUCCUGGACUUUCACCUCUUUCGUCGCAGUGACGGCCCCACUGCCUACCUCUUCAAGUUAGGUGGUGUCACCAUGGCCUUCACAAGCUCAGUGGGGAGUUUGCUGCUGACUGCUCUGGACCGCUACCUCUGCAUCCACCAAGCGUCCAGCUAUAAGCUGCUGCUAACCCGCCGCAGAGCCCUGCUGAGCCUUCUGCUUCUCUGGAGUGCCACCACCUUCAUCUCCUUCUUACCUCUGAUGGGCUGGAGGUGUCCCACAGGCCUCACCCCAUCCUGCUCACGCUUGUUUCCCUACAUCAGCAAGGGUUAUCUGGCAUGCUGGACCAGCUUCAUCCUGGUGCUUCUAGCCCUCAUUUUAGGAGCUUAUGCGCUCAUCCUCUGGAAGGCCCACCGCCAUGAAUCCUCCAUGACCAGCCUCCAGGGAGCAGCGGGGACAGGUCAUGCCCGCAUGAGGAUGGACAUCCGGCUUGCUCGUACAUUUGGACUCAUUCUGCUCAUUCUGGUGAGCUGCUGGCUUCCUGCCCUCUCCUUCAUGCUCGCUGAUGUCUCCAUAUACCUGACCCAUAACCAACAGAGAGCCUUUGCCUUUUGCAGCACCCUCUGCCUGGUCAACUCUGCAGUAAACCCGCUGCUUUAUGCCCUGCGCUGUCGAGAGCUAAGAGUCGCUCUGCUGCAGUUCCUACAAAAGCUUUGCGAGUCUGGGAAGUGUAAAAAAUCUACAGUGGAUCCAAUCCCUGGAUUACAUUCUGUAGAAACUAACAACUGUACUGUCUUCACUGAGGAUGAGAUGCCUCGAGCCAGAACCACCCGACUUAACUCCAUUUCUGAAAUGGUAAAAAAUCAACAACUGAACACGAGCAAAUAAAGGAGGCGGAGAAGUGAAAUGAAGCAGAAGCAAUACAGAGAGUAAAAAUGUUGUGUCUAUGUAAGUGUGUUGAUGGUGAAAAGAACAAUGGAAUGUAAAUAUAGUUAUCAGUAAGAUCAUCACAAUCACUGUAGAUUAAGAAUGAAAUGCACAUAUCUAAGAAUCGGAUUUAUUGCCAUCGAAUGAUCAGUGCUGGAAGCUUUAAAGUUGCUUUUUGGAAUAAGACGUAUAUGUGGUAAAGACUAUUAAACAGUAAAUUUUGAGUAUUUUUCAUAAAAGUCUGAACACAUUGACUUUUAAUUGCAUGGAUAAUAAUAAAAAGCAAAUAGUGCUCACACAAUUAUCACAGAGGGGAUUAUAUAGAAUACAGUUAAAUGUAAAGUUUUACUGUUAGUACUACAUUAUCAGUUGUGAUUCUGAAAUAUACUGAAACUAGGACACAAGGACUUUCAUUCAUCAUUUUUGUGACAAUAGCUAGGACUGGAAAUGUUCAGUGUAUGUGCUGCCAUUUAAAAAAAAAAUUGAGAUGAUGCAGUCGUUUCACCCUUAACCUUUGACCUCUCUGCCACUAUGUCAAUGCUGUAACACUCUCACACCUACGAAAUUUUGCGCCCCGUGAACUGAACUGCUGACUUUUUAGGUUCACCAAACAGCAGAAAGGCGGGUUUGUUGUGAGUGUGCUUCUUUACUUUUGAAUGUGUGACCCCGAGCGUGCAGGAACAGAGGAUCCUGUGGGUUGCCUAGCCUAGCUGCACAUGGAAGCCAGAACCUCACAAAAGCCCCAGUGCACAGGAGAAUUUCACACAAUGUUCACCGAAUGAAUCCAAGCAGCAUGCCGGGGUGAAUGGGGCUCAUGCUAUGACGAGAACGAGCACAGACACUAGAACAGUCGUAACAACUGGCAGCUGCAGUCGAGCACGUGCAUUUGCAUUCACAGAAAAUAGAUAAACACAAAUAAAACACUUGCCAAUUUUAGGUUGUUUGAUACUGUUGUAAACACGUGUUUCAAGCAUCAUGUGAACUGAUUAAAGAUAAUAUUCAGUCUC